CAACACUUCAUUUGAACAACAAUACAUUUUGCCAGUUGCAAUGUCAUCCAAGUCUAGAAAAGCUACUAAAAAAGUCCCAGGAUUUGUGGCACUCCAUUUGACAGAUAAUGAUAGUUCUGCUAUAUCACCAGUUUUCCGAUUACUUGGCAAUGCUGCUUAUUACAUCAACAACAACAAUAGUAGUCCAAAAGCUAAAGUGAUAUUGUGUGGAAAAGUCAGAGAUGCCCUCAUCAUUAAAUUUUCAGAUAAUAAAGCUGAGUUAAAGUCUGCAAUUGACAAGUAUUUUGGAAGAGAUGACGAUAAGCCAAAUCCUCCACCAGCAAAGAAAAAGAAAACAGUGUGUACAAAGGAGAAGACUGAAAAGAAAAAGACUAACAUCCUUGCAACAACUGCUCCACCUAAGUCCGUCAGUAGUACCAACAGUGUAAAAUCAGCCAAGUACCUUGCAUCAGAAGAGGUGAUGAAGCAAGUUAUGAGCUUUACGUCAAGUUCAGAAGAAAUGUCUCUUGAGAACUCACCACCUGAACAAACCUUAUCAUCUCAUAUUCAACCAACACCAUCUUCAAUUCCAGUGUUUACUCAUUCAACUAGUCAUUACCAGUCAUCAACGCCGUCUGAUAUUCAGCCAGCCAUUCUGUUGAAAACUCAUUUUCAGUCUGCCAUAUCUCCUGAGUCAGUGUUAUCCACAGAAGCUAAUCAUGAUAUAUUGUCAUUGUCACCACCUCUGUCAGUACCUUCAACUCAUCCAACUUCAACUCAACCAUCACGACAUGCAUCAGUUCAAGCAGUAUUGUCACCACCUCUGUCAUCUUCAACUCAUCCAACUUCAACUCAACCAUCACCACAUGCAUCAGUUCAAGCAGUAUUGUCACCACCUCUGUCAGUACCUUCAACUCAACCAACUUCAACUCAACCAUCACCACAUGCAUCAGUUCAAGCAGUAUUGUCACCACCUCUGUCAGUACCUUCAACUCAACCAACUUCAACUCAACCAUCACCACAUGCAUCAGUUCAAGCAGUAUCUCAGUCAUCUUUUCAGUCAGCAACACCUUGUUAUUAUGAUUCUACUCAUUCAGCAAUGUAUAGCAAGCCAUUUAUUCAGCCUGAUAUUCCAAAAUCACUGAUCAACCCAAUAUCUGACAUAAAGUCUACAUUUCUCAGCCAGUCAACUACAUUCCAUACUCCAGAAUCUAUACAGUCAUCAACAUUCUCUACUCAGCAGAUAUUUGUAGCAGAACCACUUGUACCAAUGUUAGAAUUAGAGAACACUACUACUCAAUCAUCCCUUUCAUCAGCAAGACAAGGAACCAGUUUCACAGAUGAUCCAACUGAUAUUCUAUCUAACAGCAAUGUUCAGCAUAUUAUUGCAAGCCCAGAAUCAGCACGUCUUCUACAGAGCAUUAUGAAGGACAACAUCAAUACAACCCCAUCCUGCCAAAUGGAACACCACUGCAGUUGCCUUGACAGAAUUGAGAAGACAAUGAACGAAGUUCUAAAAGUUUUGAUAUCAAUGCAGUCUCUUAAUCCGGUACAAAUUUCGGUCGUUGAUGUUAUGACAAGUAACACAGAUUCCAUCCAUCCUCAAUUAUUCAGUGCUGCUCCAACAUCAACAGAGACAGAUCCAGUUAUUACUGCAUUACAAUCUUCAAUUGAGAGCUGCAUUCCAGAGCCAUUACCCAGAUAUACAACAGAAAUAUCAAGUUCAACUCUGCCAUCAACUAUCACUAAAGUAAGAAAUCCAAAACCAUCAUUGCCAUCAGCUACAAGUAGCAAUAUUUUGUCAACCUCAUCAGCCAGAGACAUCUUAGCUGAACUGAACUGCCAGAGCAACAUUCCAGAUAAAGAACCUAUUUCUCCAAUUGCUCUCAACAUUAGAACACCAGUGAUUGACCCACAGUUUUUAUCAUUGAGUUUGACAACAAUUUUACAAAACAAACCUUCUUGUGUGAAAACCAAUUUGCACUUAUUUCAACCAGCACCUACUAUAUCACCAUUCAACCAGAUCCCUGACAACCAUCUGCAAGACGCCAAAAUUUCAGCAGGUGAUUCUAGUAGACGAUUUGCUGUCAACCUCUUCAGGAAUAUUUGCUCUGUAGACGAUGUAUUGAACAAAAAUGUAAAAGGGAAAGUAUUUCAAGGGAAAGCUUCUAUAAAGGGACAGAUAUCAAGUGAGAAGAUAAAUGCUAUUCGCUUAGCCUGUCAGACCCAUUACCCAUCGCUACCAUCACUUGCUGAGAAGAACUGGUCAGUUGUUGUGAGAGCAAUCGACAAAGCAAAUUGGAACUUUCACCAGCAUUUGAGGAAAUCCUUUGACCUCACUGAUCUCAACAUCUAAAACUCUAUGUUAAAAGCACUAAUAAUUUAAAUUGUCUCCAAAAGCUUGUUUUGAUUUUUUUGUGGACCUCCUUGCAGUGAAACUAGAUUAACAUUUAAGAGUUUUUUUAUAUUAGUAAGAAACUUUAAGAUGGUUUGCUACAUUUAGACAGUUAUUUAACAAUUAUAAUAUGUUUUUGUUGUUGCAAAUACUAAUUUAAAUUUUAACGUGUGAAUGUGCUUUGCAAGUGGUGUGUAAAAAAGUAAAAAACUGAAUUUUGUGUUCAGUAUAUUUAAAUAUAUUUGUUGUAUUAAAUUUAUUUGUAACCGUCUUGCAACGGAAAUGGAUAGACAUUGAAUUUAAUAUUUAAAAUGAUUUGAGACAGUUUUUUUGUUUUUUUUUUGUUUUUACAUAUGUGUGAAUGUGUGUUUCAAGAGGUAUUGCAGUGAAUUGAUUUAUGUGUUGUAUACAAUGUAGUAAUAUUAAUAUAUAUAUAUGUAUGUUGAUUUUCAUAGUUUUAUUUGAAUAUUCUCAUGUUAUCUGACUGUUUGUUGAUGUUCAUAGUUUAAUUUAUAUAUAUUCUCAUCUUCUCUG